AUGGUGCAGUCGGAGAUUUGGCGUUCGAAACCAAUUCUCUGGAGGAUAGGAUUUCGCGCGGCGAUAUAUUCUAUUAUUAUUAGAGCGCUGUGCAACACUGUCGUAAAGCCGAUAGCUUCGAUAACGACCGAUAAACAGUUACGUAGCAUCUCCACUUCGAACACCAUGUCUUUCCGCCCGUUGGUCGAGGGCGACUGCGGCGGAGUUAAUCCUCUCAUGCAGCUGGGCGGACAGUUCACCCGCGAUGUUGCCCACAAGGAUGAGGGCUAUGUGCAGCGGCACUUCGAGCGCGCUGCUCGUCCCGAGGAGCAGUUGAUCAACGAGUUCCUGGGACAGGUCACCGCCCCACCGCAGUCAUUUCAGAUGGACACUCUGCUCCAGGAGAUGCGGGACAUAAAUAUUCAUGGGAAUCCGCAGCAGCAGAUGCACUCUCAGCAGGCGGAGCAGUGGGGACAGGACUUUGCCCGUGGACUGGCAACCGCCCUGCCCAACAAGAUGAUCCACAUGCAGGCGCAGCAGCAGGACCUGCAGCAUGCCCAGGAGUUCUUCGACGAGCCCCUGAUCAGUAGCCAGAACUUUCGGUCCCUGCCGCCAUUGCGUCAGCCUUUGCUGCCCAUUGCGGCAGGACAGCAGCAGGACCCCUUCUUUGACUCCGCUAUGGAAACUAUCAUCACAGAUAAUCUGCCACAGGCGCCACAGGGGGAAUCGCUGGACGACUGGAUCAGCGACUACCAGCGCAGCACCGAACAAAAAGAGCAAACCGCCGCCAACUUCAACGAAAAGUUCUGGGAGCGGCUGCAGGAUGAGUGGCAGAAGCUGGCCGACGAAAACGAGCAUCCGUGGCUGUCGGAGUACAACGACAACAUGGACGCUUACAAGGAAUACGAGUUCGCCGAGGGCAACCCCAUGUCUGAUGUGGAGAACCCGUUUGAAAAGGGUAAGGAGUACCUGGCCAAGGGGGAUAUACCCAGCGCAGUUCUAUGUUUUGAGGUGGCGGCCAAAAAGCAACCGGAUCGCGCUGAGGUUUGGCAGUUGCUAGGCACUUCGCAGACAGAGAACGAAAUGGAUCCGCAGGCCAUUGCGGCACUGAAGCGGGCCUACGACUUGCAACCGGACAACCAACAGGUCCUGAUGGCCCUGGCCGCGUGCUACACCAACGAAGGCCUGCAGAACAACGCCGUGCGCAUGCUGUGCAACUGGCUGGCAGUGCAUCCCAAGUAUCAGCACCUGGUCGCAGCCCAUCCGGAGCUGCAGGCCGAAGGCACUUCGUUGGCUUCGUCGCUGAUUGGUCCGAGUAAGCUGCGCGAUCUGCAGCAGAUCUACUUGGAGGCCGUUCGGCAGCACCCGUCGGAGGUGGAUGCCGAAGUCCAGGAUGCCCUCGGCGUGCUCUACAAUCUGUCUGGGGAGUUCGACAAGGCGGUGGACUGCUACCAUUCCGCUCUGCAGGUGGAUCCCCAAAAUGCCAAGACAUGGAACCGAUUGGGCGCCAGUUUGGCCAACGGCUCGCGCUCUGUGGAGGCGGUGGAGGCUUAUCAGCAGGCGCUGCAGCUCCAACCGGGCUUCAUCCGUGUGCGCUACAACGUGGGCGUAUGUUGCAUGAACCUUAAGGCAUACAAGGAAGCUGUGGAGCACCUACUCACAGCGCUUACCAUGCAGGCUCACACUAACGCCGCCCGAGAGCUGCCCAAUGCGGCGAUGGCUGCUACCUUUAGAGGACAGAACCAGAUGUCCGAGUCCAUUUGGAGUACGCUGAAGAUGGUCAUUUCGCUGAUGGGCCGCAGCGAUCUCCAGAGUCAUGUGAGCGAUCGCAAUCUGGCGGCUCUUAACGAGGCCUUUAAGGAUUAACCAGCCCGCAGCUGCUUUAUCACUGCUUUGGGAAAGUCCGUUGUUGUCGUGCUCAUGUGGUAUGUAAGGUUGAAUUUGAGAUAUUUUUCACUCUGGCAGUGUAAUCAUUCCCUCUCGGUUCUUUUCUGUAAAUUUGUCUAUUUUCUUAAAUUUAAGCAAUUAAAUAACUGUUGGAUAAAUA